UCCUUUUUUUCAAACUCUUGACCCACCACAGAGCAUUUUUCAGUUUGCACAAAACCCAAUUCUUCCCCAUCUAACUUUCUCUCUCCUUUUCAAACCUUCAAACUUCCAUCUUUCCAAAAUUCUGAUCAACAAUCACACAGUCACACAGUUGAAGAUGGAAACGUUAAUGGAGGAAAGAGAAGCAACAAUGAUCUCACCUUCUGGAGGAAAACCCAGUUUCAGAAUUGCCCAUUUUCUCAAACCCUCAUUUCCAAUUUCACAACAACAACAAAAACACUUAAACCCUCCUCCAAUUUCUACCCCCACUAAACCCAUUUCCCAAAUCGCUAAAUCUCUCUCUUAUAAAAUCAAUUUCAAUGGCUGGAAAAACCCAGCAAAAAAUUGGAGUAAUUGGGUUGAUAAAUUGCUCCCUAAAUUUCAAUCUACUUGGAAAAACACUUCAAUUUAUGAACCAAUUAUGGGUUCAAAAUAUGAAAUACCUAGAUUCAGGGAUUCUCUCUUUUCAAUUUGUGAAAAAUGGUGUCCUGAAAAUAACACAUUUGUAUUCAAUUGGGGUGAAGUUACUAUAACUUUAGAGGAUAUUAUGGUUUUGGGUGGUUACUCUGUUACAGGGGACUCUGUUUUGAGUAAAAUUUCUUCAAGUGAAUUGCAGGAAGUUAAGCGUAAUUUGGAAGUAGUUUACUCUGAACUCAAUAAUAGUAAGUCUAGGAAGGUAUCCCAUUAUCAGUGGAUGGAUGUUUGGAUGAAAAACGGGAGCGAAUUCGAGCACGAAGCUUUUUUAACUCUUUGGCUGUCAAGGUAUGUGUUGCCUUCUCAAGCUGAUGGUGUUAUCAAUAAGGGUGUUUUACCCAUUGCUAUACUUUUAGCCCGAGGUACUAAAUUUGCAUUAGCUCCUGCUGUUCUUGCUAGUAUAUAUAAAGAUUUGAGGUUGUUGAAAGAAAAGAUUGUGUGGUUGAGAGAAUUGGGUGAUCAGGUUGAUGGUGGCAGUGUAAGCAGACUGUGUCUGUCGUCGCCGUUGCAGUUGCUGCAGGUUUGGAUUUGGGAAAGAUUUACUACAUUGAGUCCUAAACCGAAUUAUGUGACUGAUGGUAUGUCUAGAUUACAGAAGUGGCACAAAGUUGCAAACCCGAAAAAUGAUGAUGUUGGUUUGGCUUUUGAUGCUGCUAAGGAGAGCUUUCGAUGGAGGCCUUAUACGACGAAUUUGAAUAAUGGCUCGGGUUGUGGAAAAAUGUAUGUAGAAGAGGCUGGUUGGGUGUCUGUUAGUUCUGAUGUUUCUAUUGAUUUGGAGUCUUAUGUUAGGAUUUUAAGGAAUAGUAAGUUGGUUGGGUUGAAUUGUGUUGAGCAAUACCUGCCUCAUCGUGUUUCGAUGCAGUUUGGGUUUGAUCAAGACAUCCCUUGUGUUUUCCCUAGGGUAAGUGACAGCCUAAAUCUUGCUUGGAAUGAUUACAAUAGGCCUGUUGGAGAUGUUAAACUGUAUAUUCCAUCCAGGCUCUUUGAGUCGGAUGUUACAAUGAGUUACUUGGAGUGGUGGAAGGAUUUAAAAGAUGUGAAGGACCAUGUAUAUAGUGUGAAAAGAGAAAAAGAUGCAGAAACUACUACAAAACCAAUAUCAUUGUCAGUGCCUCCUGGUUUUAGUCCAAAAUCCGAAGGGGUGGCAAUGAGUGAUUGUUUUGAUCAACUUGAACCUUGUUCCAAGAGGUCUCGAGUAACUCCAUGGUGUCCUCAAACUGUUAUUGAGAUCAGUGAAUCCGAAUCUUCUGGCUUUUCACUUUCUUUAUCUUCUCAUUCUAAAGGGAUGAAAUCAGAUGAAGAACCAGAUGAUGAUCACCUAACAUUGACUGAAUUGUUUGGAGUUCAGAGUACUCAAAAGGAAAGUAGAAGGGAAACCUUGUCAGUAAACCGUCAAGAGAGCCCUCAAUCUUCUGCAGUAGAUAAUGCUCUUAUUCAAGAGAUAACACCAGCGAAAGAAACUUCAGAGAAUUCUUUGCCAAGUCUAGAGUCUUCAAGGGAAGAACUUAUUGUUGAAGAGAAAAAUGAGAGUAAGGUAGAAUGUCAGGUCACAACACCAAUUAGCACUGAAGUGAAUAAAGCUCAAACUAGUUUUAAUGGCACUCCUGAGUGUCCUGACAGUUCUGAGACUCCAAAAAUGGAUAUUUUAGAUCGGAUUGCCUGGGUACAGAAAAUCUUUGACAUCUACAAAUCGGCAAAACUGGGCUCUCUAGAGUCUAGGGUUAAAUCCGAAUAAGAUGCAUUCUCAGUUAUCUUUAUAUAUUUUGCUUGGUAGUACCAUGUACAGGCUAAAGAAGUAGAUGUAAUUACAAAGUGUUAGAAGUUGUAGAUAGGCUGGUUUGAACUUGGAAGGCAUUUCAGAGGUUGAAUAUUUUGCUAUCUGAUUUGCUAGACAGCAUGAUGCAAGUAAAUCGAAUGUAAUGUAAUUAAUUUUAUUAAUCUUUUGCCAAAGAGCCUUAAUCUAAUCAUUACUAAUUAUGUUCUCCUUUGUUGUUUAUACCUUUGAUUGCUUUAUAAACAUAUUUCUGAAGUCUUAAGUACAAUGCAACUGUACUGUAUCAGU